AUGUCGACUAUAUAUUCUACUCCCAAGAGACCAUUGACAUGGUUGAUCACUGGAUGUUCGUCUGGCUUUGGGCUAUCAUUAGCUCGCGUUGUUCGGGCAAACGGGCACAACUUAAUUGCUUCUUCUCGCGAUCCUUCCAGCACACCUAAUCUUGUUUCUGAAAUAGAAAAUAAUGGCGGUAAAUGGAUCCAACUGGAUGUUAACGAUUCCGACUGCGAUAAGGCAAUAGAAGAGCUUGAACGGCAGGGACAGCUCGUGGAUGUUCUCGUCAACAACGCUGGAUAUUGUAUGUACAAUCCUGUGGAAUGCUUCACGGACAGUGAAGUUCGUGCGUUGAUGGAAACACUAUAUUUCGGUCCAAGCCGUCUCAUUCGAACUGCGGUUAGGCAUAUGCGCCAGCGGCGGUUUGGUAUUAUCGUCAACAUGAGCAGCGGCGCAGCUCUAGAGUCAAAUCCGUCAAUGGGUGCUUAUGCGGCCGGCAAAGGCGCAUUAGACUGUAUGUCAAAAGCACUUGCAAAAGAAGUUGAGGCAUUCAAUGUUCGAGUGUUAACCGUGCUUCUUGGGACCUUCAAUACGGGUAUGGGUAAUGCCACGGUACUGGGUAAAAACCCACCGCCGGAGGACUAUAAAGGAUCAUUGUCGGAAAAGAUAAUGGAUAUGAUGUCUACUGGAAAUUUUACGCCUAAUGGAGAUAAAGAUAAAGCUAUGAAAGCUGUCUAUGAUGUUGUCGUAGGAGAAGGCGUUGGUAAAGGUCACGAAGCAGAAAGGGCGCUUCCUUUAGGCCAAGACUUGGCCGCCAGGAUCAACAAUGUGCAAGAAUACCUAUAUCAUGCUUUGGAUGUAUUUGGGGGUAUUUGUAACAAUGUCUACCUGGAAAAGAACUGA